GUCACGUGGCCGCGGCCCCGUCAAAAUGACGAUGACGUCAGAGGCGCGCUAGAAAGCACCUCGCGGUCGCAAAAACAUGUCAUUCUGUUCCUUUCAGGGGGGAGAGGUCUUUAAAGACCACUUCAAAUCGGGCAUCUACGUGUGCGCGAAGUGCGGCCACCAACUUUUCUCCAGCGUGUCCAAGUUUGCACACUCCACUCCGUGGCCGGCCUUCACGGAGCCCAUCCAGGAGGACAGUGUCACCAAACAGCUGGAGAGUCGCGGAGCCUACAAGGUGCGCUGCGGGAAGUGCCGGAAUGGCCUGGGACACGAGUUCCUGAACGACGGGCCCAAGAAGGGGACCUCACGCUUCUGAAUAUUCAGCCAGUCGCUUAAGUUCGUUCCUGAAGAAGUGCGUGACGGGCAAUAAAGCGACCGGCUUCUGGGAGCCUUCGGGAUCCGCUGUUUCUUCCGCCGAGGUUAUGAAGUGUGUUGGAACAAACCCCAAGGGGCAUCCAGGACACGGAUGUACGACCGGCUACACUGGGAGUCUGAAGCUGGGGACUUUUAGUGCUGAAACGUGGAUGGUGUGGUGGGGUUAUGCUUUUAAACCAUGCUCUGCUUACCUGGGAGUGAUUAUUAACAUGAAGAACCCCUUGUUUUAUAUACGCAGAAACGUGGUAGAACUUUGCAGU